AAGCGUCACAUCGUCCAAUAGUAUUGUUCGUUAGACCAAUGCAGAAUAGUUCUCACUAUUUUCCCCGUUAUGUGUGACAGCUUGGUGUCCGCUCAUGAAUAACUGUGAAUACAUGAAAAUAAUUCAGUGAAUGUCGUUUUAUUUGAAAUGGACUUGAAUGCGCAUACUUUUUAAAUUCUACCAUGUAAAUGGAACUGGAAGACGCCAUACAUCACAACGUGUUAUCGGAUUCGUUCGGAACUACACGGAACUUGUGAAUCGGCUGAAUGGCUCUCAGUAUCGGAAGCUUUUCAUUCGGAACUCCUCGGAAGCUUAAAGAUUAUAUGUAAAAUCGCACGAAGUGUUCCGGGUCUUCUGGUAACAAGAUCUCAGACUGACAGAUCUUGUGGGUAUCCAAGAUUUGGUGGUAUUUCAAAGACGACGCUAGAAGUAACGCACCACAAUCGAGGUCAUGGACUCUGUACAGUACAAACGACCUACACUCUGGAAUCCAGACAGCAAGUCUGAACGGCAGGCCGAAUACUUGAAGCGACUGACGCAACUCCGAGCCAGUCUGAUUGGUCAAGAAGAGAGCAACUUGGCGCAUGCGCUGGAGAGAUUUCGCAUCACCACGACGAUGAGCACGGACUCUAGCUUAAGACCACGAGAAUCGAGACUUGGUGUGCCUCGCAGAAGGCGUUUUCUGUCGACGUACGAACAGUUCAAAAUGAUGCGUCCAGUGAAACCUCCGGUAUUCAUAUUCCCUUUAGAAGGUCAUCAGCUGUUUGAACCUAGUUCGACUCCAAAGGUUGGAAAUGGAGGGAAGGGAAUUGGAAGCAAGAAACAGAAACAUGUGGAUGAAACUGUCAAGAUAAACUUGCAGCGAAUGCGAAACCCUACGUCCAGUUUUCCAAAUUCGACGAGGACGGUUGUGAAACAGAACGAGUUGGUCCUGGACACCACCAACAUAGAAGGAUGUACGCCGACAAACAGUCCCAACAGAUUCCUAAGCGAGUCUUCUCGAGCUGCUCGAUCAAAGUCCAGCAACAGUGAACACCUCACGGUUGGGUCUUUCGAUAAAGAUGGCGAGCAUGAUUACGUCAGACCCAGAAGUUACGGAGGGGUGUCCUUUCCCUCCAUCAACAUACCUCGCGUAAAUGAACAACAGUCAAUGUUUCGGACACACCUCAAGGUAAAGACCACACACAGGUUGGACUCGUCCAGUUGUAGGGAACCUCACAGAGAGCACGACAGACAGAUGUACGUACUUCCGCGCAUUCAGCAAUCUGGUUUAAAAUCGACCAGGCAUUCAAAUACGAACAGCACCAAGAAACGCAAUGGUGACGCCAAGACUAAAGCAUCUAAAGAAGAGACGACCCGCAAAUGUAUUCGAGUGGAUAUGCCGACCAUUUACAACUGCCCCUCGUCCGAUAUGGAUGAAAGCACGGACGGUAGCUGUGAUACGGGCACGCUGGACAAUGUGUACACUCAGAGGAGUUUUCAGGAGGAGCUUCAGAGUUUGAUUGAUGACGUCAGAGAGUUUAAUAGCAGGACAGAUUCAUUGAUUCAGUUCUGAGUGUACAGUUAGCGACGCAACAGUAACCUCAACUAAACACUAAUAGUUUGGGGGGUGGGGGGGUGGUGGUGGUGCGCAAUUGUUUGUCAAGUUAAAUUGAUGACGUCAGAGAGUUUAAUAGCAGGACAGAUUCAUUGAUUCAGUCCUGAGUGUACAGUUAGCGACGCAACAGUAACCUCAAUUAAACACCAAUAGUUGGGGUGGGGAGUGGGGUUGCGCAAUUGUUUGUCAAGUUUGAUUGAUGACGUCAGAGAGUUUAAUAGCAGAACAGAUUCGUUGAUUCAGUUCUGAGUGUACAGUUAGCGACGCAACAGUAACCUCAACUAAACACCAAUAGUUGGGGGAGGAGGGGGGGGGGGGUGGUUGCGCAAUUGUUUGUCAAGUUUGAUUGUUGACGUCAGUUUAAUAGCAGGACAGAUUCGUUGAUUCAGUUCUGAAUGUACAGUUAGCAACGCAACAGUAACCUCAACUAAACACCAAUAGUUGGGAGGGGGGGGGGGGGGUGCGCAAUUGUUUGUCAAGUUUGAUUGUUGACGUUAGAGAGUUUAAUAGCAGGACAGAUUCGUUGAUCAGCUCUGAGUGUACAGUUAGUGACGUAACAACAACGUCAACUAGCCAUCAAUAGUUGGUUGGGUUUUUUGGGGUUUUUUUUGUUAGUUUGCUCAAUUGUUUCCCCAGACUGGUUGAUGGUUACUGAUUUAACUCCGUGGAAAAUAAUGUUCAGGGUACACAAGACUAGCCAUCAAUAGUUGGUUGUUUUGUUGUUUUGCUCAAUUGUUUGUCCAGUCUGGUUGAUGUACGCAACGCAACGCAACAACUACGUCCACUAGCCACCAAUAGUUGGGGGUUGUUGUUUUUGUUUGCUUUUUGUUGUGUUUUUGUUUAGUUUUUUAUUGUUUGUCAAGUUUGUUUGAUGACUUCAGAGAAUUCAUUUGUCUGACAGAUUAGUUGAUUCAGUUCUGAGUAUACAGUUAGCGACGUAACAACAACCUCAACUAGCCACCAAUAGUUGGUUGUGUUGUUGUGUUUUGCUCAAUUGUUUGUCCAGUCUGGUUAAUGGUCACUGAUUCAACUCAGAGUGGAAAAAUCAUAUUCAGGGUACAUAACAAAACAAUAAAGUCAACAAAGCACUAA